ACGGACCCAAGGUCCAGCAUUUUCUAACCAGAGCCACUACGCAUUCAAUUCUUUAGUGUAUAUAACAUAGUGGCAUAAGUCCCUUGGAGAAUGGGUGAUGUGGAAGUCUCUUCAUUGAGUGUACAAAACGCAAUGGAGGAGGAAAAAGAAUCAACACUUAACGAGGAAACACCCGAUGUUAUGGCGAGAGAAAAUGCCGCCGCAAACAGAGAAGAUGGGACUGCAGCCUCAAAUGAUGUUGAUAUGCAUGAUUCUUCUGAAGAAUCUGAAACGGAUGAAGAGGAAGAGCGAAAAAUUCGCGAAGGUUUCAUCGUUGACGACGAUGAAGACGAAGAUAACAUUCAUGAUGCCAGUGACCGGCACAGAAAAAAGAGAAAGAAACGCUCAAUGCAUUCUCAUGAAGAAGAGGUCUUAGACCAAGAAGAUCUGGAACUUCUUAUGGAAAAUACAGGUGUCUCCACCAACACAGGCUCUACGAAAUUGAAACGUUUAGUUCGGGCUCGUGAACAAGAAGAGGAUCUAGAAAACAUAUUCUCAGACGAUGCUGAGGCCGAAAAUGAAGAGGAAGAGACUUCUCGGCGGAGGGGCGGAAUCGCCGACGAGUUCGCUGAUUUCAUUGAACAGGACGAGUUUGAAGGCGAAGAACGUGUUGACGAAGAACGUGAAGUCUCGAAAACAAAUGAACCAGUGCAUCCUGAAGCAUUGGGUAUUUCCGAUGAGGACUAUCUGCAAGUUUACGAAGUUUUCGGUGAUGGUACCGACUACGCCUUCGCCUUAGAAGACGAAGAUGUGGAAGAAGAAACUCAAGAGCAAGUCUCACUAAAAACUAUUUUCGAGCCCAGCGAACUGAAGGACAAGCUCCUUACGGAAGAGGAUGAAAUUAUUAGAAUUACAGAUGAGCCAGAACGCAUGCAACUUUAUUUUAAGUGUGACCGGAAUGCUACAGAUGACGAUCUUAACACACAAGCCCACUGGAUUUUUAAACAGAUGGUACAAUCGCGUCUCGAUAUUUCGGAGGAACUCCGCCCGGCUUACGUAAAUUGCAUUUUGCGCGUUUUGCACUUCUUCAUUAAGGAUAGUUAUGAGGUGCCCUUUGUUUGGCAUCAUAGACGUGACUACCUUGUAUAUCAUGACAGAGAGAAAGGUACUAUUGUACCAAUGUUAAACCAAAAUGAUCUCUGGCGCAUUUUUUUCAGUUGCAGCACCUACUACUUUUUGAUCCAUAAAAAGAAAGAACUCGAAAAACUUUGCAACGCUAUUGGAAUCCAGGACGAAUUCUUUUCCUCUGCUUUGGAUGAUAUCGUUGAUUCUCCCUUUUUUGACAUUACCGAUUCGUUUGAGUUUGCAAACGAUCUCACCGAAUACCUCCAUUUUUUUUAUUCCGAACAAAUUCGCGAUCAUUUUUCCUUGAUGGGAAAUGGCCUUCGGAGACCUCAUGUUUCUAAGUACGCAUUUUAUGAAAAAACACGAAAAUCCAGUUUAUACAAUCUUGUCAAGGCAUUUGGAAUUACAGCCACACACUAUGGGCUGAACUUGAUACAAGAAGAGAAACUGUAUCCUGUCGAAGAUCCGGCAGUUCCUCCACGUGUACUCGCAGAGCAGUAUGUGACAGAAGAGCUGAAGGAUGUAGACCAUGUCCUGAGUCGGGCGAGACGCAUUUUUGCUGAAGAGAUUUUUCACGAGCCUCAAUUUAGAAGACAUUUCCGUGUCAAGUUGUUAACAUUGGCAAAAGUUGAUAUCGUGCGUACGCAAAAGGGUCUACGAAAAAUUGAUGAAGACCAUCCGUUCUAUAAGUUUAAAUACUUGAAAGACCAAAAUCUGCUUCAUAUUGAUCCCGUGUUAUUCUUACAAAUGUUGAAGGCUGAGGAAGAAGGUCUUAUUAAGAUUAACAUUAAGUUUUUUGAAUUGCAAGAUGACAAUUUUAAAUCUAUGCUGGACUUCAUGACAUCGGAUAACUGUUCUGAUGUUGCAAAAGCAUGGAAUGAGCAACGUGAAAUGGUCCUUCGUGAUGUGCUUGAUCGUACAACACAGUAUAUGCCUGCUUUAAUCAAGGAGAUGUGCCGAUCUAAUCACCUCAAUGAGUUGGGAAUGCUUUGCAGAAACCAGCUCUAUAACAAGCUUGAUCAAGCUCCAUAUAAACCUUCUGGUAAAAAUUACGAACUCGGUACUAUUCCCACCGUGGUCGCCGUUUCUAAUGGUCAAGGUGGCCCGUCAGACGCAGUCCUUUGUGUCUACGUGAAUGAUCUUGGUGAGCCAGAGGAAACUUUAAAGCUUACCGAUUUUCAUGAUCCAACAAAUCAGGUCAUGUUUGCAGAGUUCAUUGAGAAAGUGAAACCUGAAGUUAUCGGUGUUUCCGGCAUGAGCGUUUCUGCGAAUCGUGUCAAACUUAAUGUCACAACGGCUCUGCAAAGCAAGGACCCUGUUGAUGUUAUUAUGGUCAAUGAUGAAGUUGCCCGUAUUUAUACGAAUUCCGAGAGAGCGGCAGAGGAAUUGCCUGCUCUUCCUAGUCUUGGCAGGUACUGUGUUGCACUUGCACGUUAUGUGCAACAUCCGUUGCUAGAGUAUGCAGCCUUAGGACGGGACAUUAUGUCGUUAUCCUUUCAUAAGUGGCAGCAUCUGUUGCCGCAGGAAAUGCUUUGGCGUUACCUGGAAAGUGCUCUUGUUGAUGUAUCCAACUUAGUUGGCAUCGACAUUAAUGAGGCUGUAAACAACAAGUAUGAGGCUAGCAUUUUGCCGUACAUCUCUGGUCUUGGUCCUCGAAAGGCACAAGCCUUGCUGAAGAAGAUUGCUGCACAUGGUGGUCGAUUGGAUACCAGAAGUGAUCUUAUUACAAAAACGAUUCUCACCGGAAAAAUUUUCAUUAACUGCGCGUCUUUCCUUUAUAUUCCCAAUGAAGAUUUACCAAAAAUGGACAUUCUGGACAGCACUAGAAUUCACAACGAAGAUUACGAGCUGGCUCGUAAAAUGGCCAGUGACGCCCUUGAACUUGACGAAGAAGACAUUGAAGAGUAUGAGUCUCAAAAGGGUGUAGUUUAUCACUUAAUUACCAGCAAUGAGGUUGAUAAGUUGGAUGAUCUCGUUUUGGAGGAGUAUGCUGAUCAACUGGAACGUGAAUUCCAUCAUCUGAAGCGGAACACCUUAGAACGUAUUCGCCGUGAGUUGAAAGACCCUUAUGGUGAACGUCGUAAUCUGUUCCACAUUCUUACCCCCAGCGAGAUUUUCCUUAUGCUCACUGGUAUUGAAUUGACGGACCUUCCUCCAAACACUAUUGUUCCCGUUAAUGUAAAGCGUGUCACUUCUCGUUAUGUCGCCGUCAAACUUGACUGUGGAAUUGAUGGCAAUAUCACAGCUGAAGAAGUUAGUGACGAUCACAUUCCUCCCCCACAGCUUCUACAGACCGGACAAACCGUGGAAGCCGUCAUUUUAACUUUGGAUGAGGUUAAUUUCACAGCUGAACUUUCGAUGCGACCAUACGCUAUUCGCACUGCAAGUGAAACCAGCAAGUAUUCCUUCUCUGCUUGGGAUUGGGAUUUCGAAGCCGAAAAACGUGACAAGGAGAAAAUGCUUGCAGAGACACAAGCAGAGCAGCGGGCGGCUCGUGUCAUCAAGCAUCCUUUGUUUAAAAAUCUUAACGCAGCUCAGGCUGAAGCAGCUCUUGCUGGUAUGCAGAGAGGAGAUGUUAUUAUUCGACCCUCAUCAAAAGGUCCAGAUCACAUUGUAAUAACAUGGAAAGUCGCCGACAAUCUUUAUCAACAUGUUGAUGUUUUGGAAAUGAACAAGGAAAACGAGUUUUCUGUUGGACAACGCCUUAUUAUUACUGGAAGACAUGAAAAAAUGAAUUAUGAGUACAGUGAUCUUGAUGAGCUCAUCGUUUCACACAUUAAAGCCAUUGCAAGAAAACUCGACGAAAUGUGUAUGAAUGAGAAGUUCCGCAAAGGCUCACGUGAAGACACCGAGCGUUGGUUGACAAGUUACUCUGAAGCAAAUCCAAAGCGGUCAUGUUAUGCCUUCUGUUUUGAUGAAGAGCAUCCUGGUUAUGUUCUUUUAUGUUUCAAGGCCAAUCGCAGUUCGCCCGUUCAUGCUUGGCCUGUCAAAGUAAUUCCUAACGCUUUCUUUCUUCACGGAAACGUUUACGCCAAUAUGACCGCCCUUUGCAAUGGUUUCAAAUUAAUCUACGCUGCUCGUUCUAAGGGAGCGAAGCGGCCUUAAAAUGUGAUGUAUAUUACUAUUAGAUAUAAAAAAAACGGUUAUGCGUUACUAAAUUGGUGAAUAUAUAUUUACCAGUUAAUCUCUUCGCUUCUCAAUUCAAUUUAUUUGUUUGUAUGAUGAUUAUUACUCUUUUUAAUUCAAUAUUCUUUUUGUGGUGAA